UAUAGCUGCCUGAUCCUAUUGAGGGCAGUGUUGCACUCGUGUGUGCUAAUUGCAGAGCCACCGUAAAUUAGCCUUGAUGCUAAUGUUGCUAACCAGCCGUGUUUUCAACUAGACUUUGAGGCUAGAAGGUUAGCCUGCUUUCAGAACUUUUUUUUAAAUUUAUUUAAAAGAAUAGUUUAACAUCGUGGAAAAUAGCUAUAUGCUUUUUUUUUGCUAAGAAUUAGACAAAAGAUCAAUACUACUCAUAUGUCAGUGUGUUAAGUAUGAAACUUUAGACAGGAGAUAAUUAGCUUAGCUUAGCAUAAAGACUAGAGGAAGGGGAAAUUAACUAGUCUGGCUCUGUCCCAAAUUUAAAUAUCCGACUACCAGCACUUCGAAAACUCACUGAUUAUGGUGCUAUAUCUCAUUUGUUUCGUCCCCUCAAAAAAAGGAUGAACAUAAUAAUUUGUAGUCUUUUGUGGUGUAGCGAUUUCUUGACAGACAACAGAUUAUCCAUCCACCCAGUACCUGUGGUUGCCUGUAACCUCACUGGGACAAGAUUUCAUACCGUGCUAAAAUUUUAGCAAAGAAAUAGGAUUUGUUAAGUCAGAGGAGUUAUCUUUUAACACCUCUGGUUCAAAAUGUAAAUGUCCCGUUCAUUUUUCCCAUAGGAAAUGUAGCGUGACUCAUAGUUGGAGCUCUUCCAUGGUUCAGUUCCUCAUGAAACUCUCCUGGUUGCACAACAACAUAAAAGAUUAGAAAUAAAUAUCUUGUUCUUUUUAUAAAGCCACGUGUAUAAACAGGCAGACAUUAAAUUUCAGGUUUGAAAUUACCUCGUCAAGGCGCAUUUCAACCAGAAACAUCCAACCACAGAGCUCAAAAUUCUGUCAUGUAACAAGUUGGAAAAUUUUCAAUUCGUACAUCUGAUUUAUAAUCGCCUCAUUUUCAACCACCCACAUUACAUAUUCAUCAAGGCUCUUUAACUGCACAAUGGUUUUACCUAUCCAGGCCAUUUUUGAAAACUAUUCAAAUAUUUCAGAUAUUUUGCAGGAAUCAUAAAAUGUCUCCAGGGCAAAAAAAAUCCAUCUAUUGGACAGGCUGUGUUGGUUUCUGUCCCUGCUUGCCAGAGGCCAGCUUGCAGUACAGUACAUCCAGCAGAGAAGAAGAGCAGAGCACAACAAGACAGACUGUGGACAUCUGUGAGAUUACAAAAACACCUUUUAAGAUGCUGUUUGCUGCUUUGGGAACACUAUGAGACUGAAUCAUAGUUACACUAACAAGAUUAGUACAAAAUCUACUUGAUUAUGUCAAUUAUUUCUCAUGAUCCAAUUAACCUGAACUCUUUUGUUUCUUCAUCUUUGCUAAGUUUCGAUGAUGAUGCCCUCUGAUGUCUGUCCUCCUAAUGCAGAAACAAUGAACAUGUCGGAGGACAUGUUGUCAUUUAUUAAUAUUUAACCAACAAAAAGGAAACACAUGUUAGUAGUGAUUAAUUAGGCCAAAAUUUAAAUCUUCACCUCCCAGAUCAUGAUAAACACCAGCUGGUCUUGAGCCUGGAUACUCCAGCAUGAAGGCAAAAGACACUUUAAAUAGGCUAAAGAGACUAUGCCUUACCCUCACUGGCAGCUUAAUCCUCACAUCAUAGAGCUAAAGAGUUCCAAAUUACACUCACCGUCACUUACCAGACAAAGAAUUGAUCCCAGCAUUUCCAGUCAGACAGUGUGAACUUUGAACUGAGACGUUGGACUUUUAAUCUGUGCAGAGGACAGAAUGUGAGGAUGUCAACAGACAUUCAGAUAAACACCAGGCUAAAGGUGUUCCUGAAAUACAGCUAUUUUUGUCAACAACCUGGAUGAUUUUGUUGUAAACCUUCUGCUGACAGAAUUAGACUACAGAUUUACAGGUUUGACUGUCCAAGAAUAAUUUAGAUACAUCUAUCCUAUAAAUUAUUACUAACAGUCUUUAGCUUUUCUCAGGCACUGCACAUAAUUCACUUGAUAUUUUUUGCCUCUGCUUGUCCAGAUCACAUCGAUCCCACAUUGACUGACCAUGUCUUUUGUCCUGGUUUACUUCUUAUUUCUGGAUAUUUGAACAAGCCAGGAGGAGAGUGGGACGGGUGAGUCCUGUGAUAACUUCACAGACCUGAACCUGACGCAUUGCUUCAUGGGGACCAGCUUGUAUGUUCGGCUGCUGCUCUACACCCGCUCCAACCUUGACUGUGGCCGCGAGCUCAAUCACCACAACUUGUCUUCCCAGCCACUCUUCAACCUCUCCCGACCGACUGCCUUUGUCAUCCACGGCUACCGGCCCACAGGAGCUCCACCCAUCUGGAUAAACCACAUAAUCCACCUGCUGGCCGAGCAGGAGGACAUGAACAUCAUUGUGGUGGACUGGAACAAAGGGGCGGCCAACCUCAACUACUUCACUGCUGUGACCUACACGAGGGAGGCAGCUCACAACCUGACUGGCUUCAUCAUCACUAUGCAGGAGGAAGGAGCCUCUUUGACCUCAGUUCACCUCAUCGGCGUCAGUCUGGGAGCUCACCUGGCAGGAUUUGUAGGAGCAAACCUGAAGGGCAAGAUAGGACGCAUUACAGGUUUGGACCCAGCAGGGCCAAUGUUUACCAGUGCCACACCUGAGGAGAGGCUGGACCCCACAGAUGCUAUGUUUGUGGACGUACUUCACACUGACAUGAACUCAUUUGGACUGAGAGGAGCUCAUGGUCAUAUUGACUUCUAUGCCAACGGUGGAGCAGAUCAGCCAGGGUGUCCCAAAACUAUAUUUGCAGGUAAAUCGUAUUUUGUGUGUGACCACCAGCGCUCAGUGUUUCUAUUCUUGUGCUCUCUGAACCGAACCUGCAGCCUCACAGGUUACCCCUGCUCAUCCUACAGUGACUUCCUGGAAGGGCGGUGUCUGCAGUGUGAGGUCUUCAAACCUGCUCCUUGUCCUGUGCUCGGUUAUGAUGUCAGCCAAUGGAGGGAGACUCUGCUCAAACUCGGACAGACCAAAGUCUUCUUCAGCACCACAGCCACGCUGCCCUACAGGAAGCUGAGCUACAGAGUGGACAUGGUGACCUGGAAUCAGUACCUCCGCUGGGGAGUCGUCUACAUCCGGCUGCACAGUGGAAGAAACUUCACAGAGGCUCGAAUAGACCAUCAGCUCCUUCGGUUUGAGCAGUACACCUCCACACGGCUACUGGCACAGUUCGACGAGGAUCUGCAGCAAGUCCAGAAGAUCUCCAUGCGGAUCAGCACUGGCAACGUGAUCGGUCCUCGUUACAAAAUCAGACUGCUGCGAAUACGCUUCACACCACUGGAACUUCCAGAGAGGCCUUUAAUGUGCCGUUUCGACAUCAUCAUGGAGGAGAACAUGGAGGUGACAUUUCGACCUUUACCCUGUGACUCCCGCCUCUGACUCGUGAACGAGACACACUGCUUUUUCGUCUUCUAUGGAAACACAUCUAACUUACCCAACCCAGACACCCUGUGGGUGCCACUGGGUCUGCCAUCCCUGGAUGGACCUCUGGGGUCCCACAAGAGGAUCCACAACCCCCUCACUAGAUGAUGAAGACUACCUGACUGGAGCUGAGGAUAACUCCUGCAUAGUGGAAAGUAAACAUGUCCUUAUGUAUGAUUGAAACCACAUCUCUCCUGGGGUUGACGGGAUACGACAGACUCAUGUUAAGCUGUGGAGACACACUGGAAACAGAAGCAGCGCGAUUUGUUAAUGAGAAUGGAAAAAGCUGCUGCAGGAGAGACUUCGAUCUCUAUGUUCAAUGUCUCGCUUGAUCUCUGGCUGCAUUUUCACUACAAAAAACAUUUUAUGUGUCACUGUAGUGAAACUGAUAAUAACACAAACUACUCAACAUUUAGUAUUUUGACACUAAACUAAAUGUCAAAUGACCAUGUUUUCACUGUGUUACUACCUGAAUACAUCAUUGCUGUUCAGUGAAAUGAUCAUCUAUGAAUUUGUUGAUUUUGAAUGUAUGAAACAUUCAAUCAGUAGAAUAAUCAGUACAAUUUUUUUGUCCCUUUAAGGGGUGAGAAAAUACACAAAUUAAAAACCUGUUAAUUAGCUGUAAAAGUCAGAAAGCUAAAAACAGGGCUGUUAGUCUGCCCUGUGGAAAGCUGGAAUGUUUUUCACAGGACAGCAGUGAUAUACAUACAUAAUUUCUGCCUUGACAUCCUGCGGGGUAGAAAACGACUGACUUUUCUCCUUGUUCUGCCUAACAAUGUCUGUGACCAGUUUUCAUCUUAAAGAGGCUGUUAAUUUUCUCUGGCUUCACAACAUUUGACAUCACUUGAGAACUUCUGCAUCAUAUAUAACAGAAUGAAAUCUUGUUUCUCAAUGAACAGUCCAUUAAAGUAAAUUCUCGAUUUACAGGAAAGAUUUGGCCAUGUACACUAUCGUAUUUUUUUACCUGAAAACCAAACAUUUGCAGUUUUGAUAUUGGGUAAAUCUUUCAAUGUUUUUCUUUUGAUCAGUUUCAGUUGCAGCUUUACUCUGUGUGCCUUGUACCAGCAGUUCCCAAACUUUUUGGUUUGCAGCCUUCGUCAGUCUAACUGAAGUGCAAAUGUCUGAUUAUUUCACGCUGCAAACUCUUUAAAAAGUACUUUUAAAAGUUUGUUCCAAGAAAAGUAAUCCCAUCCCCCAAUGGGAGGGUGGCAACUGCAGGCUGAGAGCUGCCGCCUCAACAGUGACGCUGCUAUGAUGUUUGUCCACAGCAAUAUGUAACCAUUCAUAAGCUGUUAUACUAUAAUAGUUUUGUUUUACUGUGUUAUGUUGUAAAUUGUGAGUUUUAUGCUGAACAAAGGGUAGCUAAGGAAGUGUUUGUAGUGUUUCAAUAGCUACAGAAGAACCACCAGCAAACAGGUUUUACUUCAGUCAAUAUUUCAAGUUGAACGGACUUUAGAGUCAGUAAAUUUAUCAUAAUGUGACUGAUGACAUAACUGAGCAGUCAAUAAAAUUAUUUCCUCUGAUGUUCAGCUCAUAAAAAAUGUGACAGUGCUGAAAACUUUUUUUUUUCAUUAUGUAUUUUCACGUGUGGUUUGAAAUAAAUAUUCAUUUCAAAAUGUUUUUGACACAAAACAGAUUUGCUUCUUUUAAG